UAGGAUUGUCUUGGGCUUCCAUGUCAUCACUCGGAGAAUGAAGAGCGUGGAGAUCGGAGAAUGAUAGAACAUCAACAUGUGGUGACCAUGGAAACAAGAGCAACAUUGUGAUAGAAUCUACAUCUGGACUUCAGUCAGCAUGGCAACAAAAUAAGACUCCCAUCCCAGUACAGCUUACAAAAAAAAUUUAUUUCACUGAAGUCCAGUACCUUCUCAAAAAUUGGCAAUAAUAUUUUAUUUAGAAGGUCAAGUUCAAGGUCAUUUCUGAAGAAGAAAGGAGUUCGGUACCACACAAAUUGGAUCACCAGCCAGCAGAUAAGAUUAUCUUAAUAGGCUCUGUCUAUAUACAGGCUAUAAUCAUUAAGAUUAUCUGAUUUGAAAGGAAAGCAAAAAAGGGCCUUGUAGGCAUAAUUAGGCUAAUUUCAAGGUCAUUUUAAAGGUCAAGGACAAUUACAGGCAGCAGCAUGGUGAGUCGACUGAAGCUCCAGUAUUGUAAAAUUGUGAUAGCCACAUCGCUGGUGUGGUUUUUAUUGGACGUAUUCCUUCUCAUGUAUUAUACAGACUGCACGAACAAUACAUCCACAGUGAACUGUAAUAAUAACCCCAGGGAAAAAGUUACCACAAAUGAAGGAUUAAUACAGCAGAAACAGAAAAAGGGAGGUUUCUUGCAAAAUUUGAUACCUAAAGUAUUUAAUACCAAGCCCCCAGACGGCCCAGGAGAGAUGGGCAAACCUGUGAUCAUUCCAGAGGACAAGAAGGCAGAGUCCAAGGAGAUGUUCAAAAUCAAUCAGUUCAACUUGAUGGCCAGUGACAUGAUAGCACUGAACAGGACACUGCCAGAUGUGAGGAUGGAGGGCUGUAAGAAGAAGAACUACCCGGUAGACAAGCUGCCAACGACAAGUGUCGUUAUUGUGUUCCACAACGAGGCAUGGUCCACCCUCCUGCGCACUGUUCACAGCAUCAUCAUACGCUCACCACGCCAUCUUUUAGAGGAAAUUAUCCUUGUGGAUGAUGCCAGCGAGAGAGAUUUUUUGGGCAAGAAACUAGAGCGUGAAGUAGCUCGGCUACCAGUGCCUGUCCAUGUGGAGAGGAUGGGGAAAAGAAGUGGACUGAUCCGGGCCAGGUUAAAAGGUACCAUUAGCCAAGAGGGACUUGAUUUUACAGGAACCGCUUAUGUUGUAAAAAUUUGGAUGUGUGGUGGAACUCUACUAAUAGUCACGUGUUCGCAUGUUGGGCACGUGUUUCGCAAAGCAACGCCCUAUACUUUCCCUGGUGGCACGGGUCAUAUCAUUAACCAUAACAAUGCCAGGUUAAUAGAGGUCUGGAUGGAUAACUGGAAGGAUUUUUAUUUUAAGAUUAAUCCAGGUAGUUUGCUGUCCUUGGAAUGCUACAAAUUCUGUCUUUUUGUAAAGGAGGAAAUCCAUUUGGUUAAUUCAUGGCUGCAUGUCUGGAUGUGUGGGGGGCAAAUCGUUAUAUCCACGUGCUCCCGUGUAGGGCACGUGUUUCGUAAAGUAUCCCCGUACUCCUGGCCAGGUGGAGUGGUGAAGAUUUUAAACCACAAUGCAAUGAGAACUGUGGAAGUUUGGUUGGAUGACUAUAAAGAUUUCUUUUAUAAAAUAAACCCAGGUGUAAAAAAUACAGAUGUUGGAGAUGUGACAGAGAGAAAACAAUUAAGAGAAAGAUUAAAAUGCAAGAGUUUUAGAUGGUAUCUAGAACAUAUAUACCCAGAGUCCCAGAUGCCUUUGGAUUAUUACUCUUUAGGAGAGAUAAGAAAUAAGCAAACAGGCCAAUGUAUAGACACCAUGGGGCGCAAGGCUGGAGAGAAGGUGGGGGUGGUAUCUUGUCAUGGCAUGGGAGGAAAUCAGGUGUUCUCUUAUACCAGAAAAGAAGAAAUUAUGACGGAUGGGCUUUGUCUAGAGCCCUUCCGUAUGGGCCUGCAUUACGACAUUAAGAUGCUGAAUUGUAACGGACAUGGUGGUGCACAACGUUGGAAGUAUGAUAGAGAGACUGAAGAAAUUCGUCAUGUAAAUUCCAACCAAUGUUUAGGUGCUCCACAGGAAUCUGCCAAAGAUUCACCGUCUAUAGGUCCCUGCAGAGGAGAUCAAUCCCAGAAGUGGAUAAUGAGCGACAUAGACUGGAAUAAAAAUUUUGGUGACAAGCAUCUAUAGUCUUAGCAGUUUCUAGUCUAUUGCAAAUUGGGGAUUUUGUAUAAAAACCUAAUCAGGAUAACAAAACCAUAAUGGCAGCCAUAUUCAGUAUGGUGGAUAGCUUCUGGAGGGGGUCUACGCACAUAUAAAUAAAUGUACUUUUGUAAUGGAUCAUGUACAUGUGGUGUAAAAGUCUGGAAGAAGCAUUGCUCGAACCUACCGUGUCCACAGCUCGAGUUUUAAGUAACUAUCUCAGAUGAGUUUUAAUUGAUUAAUUAGGCACAACAUAUUAAUGCCAGAGUAAUUUACAUCAGAAGGAACGUGGACUGGAAAUCAGAUAGCUAACAUAAGAUACAACUGUGAUGGCACUGUGCUGUUGAUAUGGAGAAGUACAGUGUUUAGAUACUAACGUGUGUUCCACAUAACAGUUUUGGUGAAGGAACACCAAAGUAGUUAAAUUAACAUGUACCUUAUGUAAGAAGAUCAUAGAUUGGACAUUGAAUUGGAAGUAAUAGUCUUAUCAGUUAAUAAUUGAAGAAAUAAUGGACCAAAAAAGCCCUGAUGCAGAUUCUUUCAAAUGGUUAUGAGUUUUAGAUAGAUUUUGCGUUGUAUUUUGCUUAUCGUGAAGCAAGUGUAGUAAGCAUACAUAAAAUAAGCCAAGAUGCAGUUUACAAAAAGAUAGGCCUUAUUGUGCUGCAACUUCUAUGCAAUAUGUUUUAAAAAGUUGACGAGAAAACCAGUGAAUUGUGGUCACCUGGUCAUUCUGAGUUCAACCUAAAACAUUCACUAAAUUUCAAAUAAUUUUUUGAAUAAUUUGAGACAAUUUCCAAGCAAGUAAUUUUUAGGUGCAACAAUCAAACAUGGAGAAGAUACUGUGGCCACAGUCUCAUGAAAAGGAUAAGUGAACUGCAUUUAUUGGUGCAUUCAAGGUAGAAAUGAAAACUGAUUCUCCAUGCAUUUGUGUCCUUAAUAUCUCUACCUGCAUGAACCAUGGAUAAAUUUUACUGACCCACUUUGUAAACAAGUUGCUAAAUUUCUUUAUUCCACUUGAAGUUAAUAUCAUGAUAAUAUCAUGCUUAUAGCUUUAGUCCAUUUUGACUAGGUUUUAAAUAGGACUUAACUGAAACUGGAAGCAGCAGAGACUUGACCCGCUU